AUGGCGGUACUCAAUCGAUUGUUAAUCGAGGCCUCACACAUUGUCGUGAGAGCCGUCGAACUUCACGCCAGGCAAACAGACGCCGCUGGAGUAACUGGAUCCACGGUGGUCCCCACUACCGGAUUUGAGACAUCGACGACAGCCAUCGCGGCUACACCAACCGACGCUCAACCAACCCAGACACCGCCCUCUAAUAACGACUCCAAUGGCGGUGGAAAUGGUAAUAAUGGUGGUGGAGGUGGUACAUCGCCCCUGUUGUUUUUCGUCGCUCUCGGGUUUGGAGUUGUUUUCACGAAUCUCUGGAUAAUUGUUGGUGUGAAGUAUUGCUUCCGCUACAAUGCCCGAAACCGUCAGAUGCGACUCAACGAAGAUGGCGAGCCCGUCGCCCUGGAGAAUAUGCCACGGCCCCAUCGAAGACGGCGGGAAAAGAAGCUAAUGACCAUGGAUGAGGUGAACGAGAAGUUCCCAAUGAUGAAGUACAAGAGUUGGGUUUCUUCGAGAAUAAGGGAAGGAUUGCCGGCUACUGGGGGUGUAACGGCACCCUCCAGCAGAGCGAAUAGUGUUCGGUCUGUUGACGGUGUCAUCCCAUCUAAGGAGCGGGAUUCCGUCGACGAACAAUCCACCCAGAAUGCCUCCAAGAUGAACUCUAGCUCGGACGCACGCCCCGAAGUCUCUCGACCAGAAACCGCUCGGAUCCCUUCGGAGGAGAAGGAUGAUGUACAGAACAAGACCACUGCUACGUCUGCCGCCGCUGCCGGCCAGCCUUCCGAUUCCGCACCCGCUCAAGCCCAUAACGCCACUCCUCACUCCCAUGCCGAUCAUGCUGAUGAUAGCCACGAUGAUGAUGAUGACGAUGACGAACAUAUUCACGAUGCCCUACCUCCGGAGUGCUACGGCACCAGCGGUGAUACUUGUGCCAUCUGCAUUGAUACGCUUGAAGAUGAUGACGACGUUCGCGGCCUCACCUGUGGCCAUGCCUUCCAUGCCGUCUGCGUUGAUCCCUGGCUGACUAGUCGACGUGCCUGCUGCCCUCUCUGCAAGGCGGAUUACUACACUCCCAAACCGCGGCCUCAACAGGCUGAUGGUGCCACCAACCUCCAGGAUAGGAACCGUGGAGGCAACGGCUCUCAAGCCAACCUUCCUGCUACUCCCGAGCGUUCUUGGUACAGCGGCAUGCGUUUCUUCAUUUCUCCAGGCAACAGGCAGAACCGGCCAAGGAGAGAACGAGAAACUCGUCCACGUCCUGCACCACAGGUCCAACCCCAGACCCGACCCGCUCAGCAGGCUGCCGACGCUGCUCCGGUCGAGACCACCGAGCAAUCUGGCAAUGGCGUCUUGUCGUCCUUCCGUUCCCGACUUCCUCGACUGUGGAGGAAUAACGGCGCCAAUGGAAACCCUCCAACGGCCUCGGGGGCUAACACCAUUACUCCAUCCCAUCUUGAAGCUGGUGUGCGGCCUGUUGGCUCUUAG